GACCCAUCCUCCACAUUUUGGUUUGCCCUAUAUUUUAUUCUUUUGUGCACCCCCCGAGUUUGCUGCAUCCUAUUUGCACCAGGAUCACUUCCUUGACUCAUCAAUUACUUUCCCCAUUCUCUCUUUUGAGUUUCACAAGAAAAAAGAAGCAAGAGUUUGGUUCAGGAUCAAGGGUAUCAUAAAUCAUGGGGGAUUCUUCACAAUCAUAUAUUCGCCUGGUGCAGCAUCUGAUUGAGAAGUGUUUGAUCUUCAAAAUGACAAAAGAAGAGUGCAUGGUAGCACUCUCCAAGCAUGCAAACAUCAAACCUGUCAUCACUUCUACUGUUUGGAAUGAACUUGAAAAGGAAAACAAGGAAUUCUUUGAAGCCUAUGCACAAUCCCAGAGCAAGCAAGACCGAAUGUCCGAGGAAGAGACAAGUCAAAUGAUCCAGAAGAUGAUCUCGGAUUCCCCUAAAGACCCCGACGAAUAACAUUGCCCCUCGAAAACGAUCUGUCGUUGGUGUUCUGGUUGGUAGUUAGCCCUCGCCUACACCCCUAAACUCCUCUACACAUCCAGCCAAACACUACAAAGCACAAAAUUUAAUUGAGAGUCCUUCCAACCUUUGAAAGUGGUCCUAUUCCACAUGUUCAAUACGGAAGAUCACGGCGCAUUAUCAGGGUCCCCUUUCAAAUGAAAUCUAGACUACCCUAAAAUUGAAUAACCAAUAAUUACAUACUAUGUCAUCAUGUUGUGUCAACGUCUUUAGGAAAAAAUUUCGAAAAACUGCACAAAAGGGUAUUUUUGUAAUUUCAUUAUCUUUGACGCAUUUACUCUACUUACUGUAUAUGUACCUAUAUGCUGAAUGAUGAUUGGAUCAUUAUGUGCGUAUAUAUAUAUAUAUAUAUGUGUGUGUGUGUGUGUGUGUGUGUGUGGCUGAAGAUUGUAUGAAUCUUUUCCUCUAUGCAAAUAGAAGGGAUUGCUUUGGUUUCUUAUGUUAAAGAAAAGGCAGGUGGCAACAUCUGGAAUCUCUGUCUUCCA